GGCAAGCGCUGAAAGCAGAGCAGUUCAUACCGUGAAGGGCUGGAAAACAGCAGCUUCAGUCCAUAGAGAAAGGAGAAGGAAAAUCCGAAAGGAGAAGGAAAAUCCGAAAGGAGAAAGAGGUGUUUGCCAUAAAGAUAGGUAAGAGCUGAAACACUUUCCUGUUCGGCUUACUUGACUCAGAGGGUUGCUAACAAACCCCACAGGUGUGGCCAGGUGACACACGUUAUACCUGAUUGCUUGGACAUGUGCGUCUCCGUGAGAGGGGCAAAGCAAGAAAGGAUCUGUUUGCUGUGAAUUUGAACAUCAGAGAAGGCAGGAGGGCACUUUGUCCCUCCUCUCCACCAGGGGCUGCUCAUGGCAGGACAGACAUCCACUUCAGACUGCUCUCAUCUCAUUGACCACAGCCAUGUUCAGGAGUUUGAGGUGGCUCUGUGGAUCAAGAUCACUUUGGCCUUAGUCUACAUCUGCGUCUUUGUUGCGGGCAUCUUGGGCAACAGCAUCACCAUCAAGGCCACCAGGAUUCUGCAGAAGAAAGGCUACUUGCAGAAGGAGGUCACCGACCACAUGGUGAGCCUGGCCUGCUCUGACCUACUAGUCAUCCUGCUGGGCAUGCCCAUGGAGUUCUUCAGUGCCAUCUGGAGCCCCUUUUCUACCCCCAAUGGCAACAUUGCCUGCAAGCUCUACUACUUCCUCUUUGAAGCCUGCAGUUAUGCCACUGUGCUGCAUGUUGCCACCCUCAGCUUUGAGAGGUACAUCGCUAUCUGCCACCCCUUCAAGUUCAAGUCUCUCUCUGGACCCCGCAAGGUGAAGCUGCUCAUCGCCUUUGUCUGGGGGACAUCUGUCUUGGUGGCUCUGCCCCUGCUCUUUGCCAUGGGCACAGAAUAUCCCCUGGAAAUUGUUGAGGGCUACCAAAGUACGACAGCCUGUGUCAGACCUACUCCCAGGCACGUCAUACCUGAGCUGAAGUACAACAUGACCAUCUGUACCAGCCUCUCUUCCAAGUUUCCUCUCUUUCAAGCCAGCGUCUUCGGUGCCUUUGCCGUGUACAUCAUAGUGCUGGGAUCAGUCACCUUCAUGUGCCACAGCAUGAUGAAAGCCCUGAUGAUCCACAAGGAAGGAACUGUGGCAGUGAAGGGAGGACAAAAGCACCAGAAGUAUCUAAGAAAAAGUGAGAGCUCAGAGGGCAAGAGCUCCAGGAGACAGAUCAUUAUUUUCCUGGGGUUGAUCAUUGCCACUCUGGCGAUAUGCUGGAUGCCAAACCAGGUGAGAAGGAUCAUGGCAGCUGCUAAACCGAAGCAGGACUGGACUGUCCUCUACUUCAGAGCGUACAUCACACUCCUUCCCAUCGCCGACACCUUCUUCUACCUCAGCUCGGUGGUGAACCCCCUCCUGUACAACAUCUCCUCGCAGCAGUUCCGCAGUGUGUUCCUGCAGAUCCUGCGCUGCCGCCUGACCAUCCAACACGCCAACAGGGAGAAGUUCCUCAGAGCCAACCAGAGCUCCAGAGCGCAGAGCAGCCGGUCCCUACGCCCGCUGCUCUUCAUGUCGUCGAGGCGCAAUUCUUCCACCAAGGGCAACACCAAAGUUUUCCUAAGCACCUUCCAGAAAGAGCCCACGCCUGACUGCAGUCCACAGAAGCCAGGUCCUGAAUCACCAGAGCCCAGCCUGGAAGCAGUGUCCCUCAAGACUAGCUCAGAGCAUGGUCCAGAUGCACAGAACGGCCUUUGUGAACAUCAAGUAUGA